AUGUCACAAGCCACCACAUCAUUCGACCUCUAUCUCUGCGCCCCUUCACUUAGCUCGACAGGUUUCCCGCCUGAGGGUGGUUGCACCUACGAUCUCCUCAAAGACCUACUCCAAUCAGAACUUGAAGGCCAUGUCAUCUUUGAGGUUGACCUGAACAUCAAAUAUAGUGCUAGCCUUUUCCACCAACUCGUUCCUAAAUUCUCAUUGAAGAUCACGCAUAUCACACGAAUCAAAUACUACGGCCGAAAUAAUGGACCACCGGUAUAUUUCCAGGGCGCAUGGAAUUUCAAUCGCCAAAAAAAGCCCAAAUUGAAUGAUCAGAGCAACAACUCCAGCUCAGGCAACUCAGAUGCCGAUAAAUCUGGUACUAGCACAGAUUUUGACAUAGAUGAUGAGGCCUUGGAUUCUCAAGGUUCAGGAAUGAUCUCUCAAGACACAGAUGGAACCUGGAGUCAUGAUGAAUACGAUGGCACCGCAGAACCAGGAUCAAAGAGGAGGUGUAAACCCUCGUCGACCGAGAAAGACUUGCAGUGCCUCUUCAAAGCCGUUAUGUAUGCCCUGCGCUGUGAACCGUGCAUUCGAGCUAAACUUCCUUUCCAAUCAUCGAACAUCGAAUGCUACUGGUCUGCAGAGUUUGCUAACUCACCCAUACAAGACUCUUACAAUGCACAAAAGCCCGAUGUUGCUCUGUUUUAUUACAAGAGUAAGACUUGCGAGAAAACGUGGACAGACGUUCUGAGCUUUAUCGAGCACACAUCCUCUGAUUUCAGCAAGAGGCAUGAUCUAGGAGGGUACUGGGGGUCCACCACUAAAGCAUAUCUCAUUAUGCGAGAACAGCCCUGGUGUCGCUUCAUCACCUCAUUCUCUAUCUGUGCCAACCAGCUUCGUGCCCAUUAUUACGACCGCUCGGGCCUCAUCAUAACUCUUCCAACUCCUAUCCAAUCAUCACCCACUCGUGUCGCUGAUGCAAUAGCUGCUCUCUCAUUAGCAGAUCCAAGCCUUUUGGGUCUUGACCCCACAAUCCACAUGUGCAUCCCUUCUUGCAAAAGUACUCACACUGACCUGGCAGUAGGGGCGAUUGGUUGGGUAACUAAUAAUGCUGAUAAAAGAUACUCAAUUAUGGCUGUUCUGUGGAAGAGCCAGGGUCUAUUUUGUCGUGGGACAGUUUGUUACCGCGUUCAGGAUCCUGUAGAUGGCAAAGAAUAUGCGAUGAAAGAUUGUUGGGUGAAUGAGGUGAAGAGAUACCACGAAGUGGACGUCCUCAAGAGGCUCAAGGGCAUCCCUAAUGUGGUCCAACUCAUAGACCAUUGGGAUGUCCUAUUCAAUGGGGAGCCUGACUGCACAUCCCGCAUUCGAGAUGGAUAUGGUGUCCUUGAGGACUGGCCGGACAAGAGUCCAAACAAUUUCGUAAUUCAUGAAGGUAUUGGGUAUUUCAUUGAUUUUGACCACACAUCAAUCAUAAAGGAGGGCGAGACAUUUACAGUUUCGUUCGGUACUGGAACUGUGCCGUAUAUCUCCAUGCGCAUUUUGAAAAAAAUGUCAAAGAAUGCUGACAUCAUCAAGAAGUCCAUUAAAGAAAAAAAGAACAACUCCAACAACUCCAACAGCAUCGCUCAGCUGGAGCUGGUCGAGCACAAUCCUAGUGAUGACCUAGAGUCACUUUUCUACAUUUUUUUCGAAUUUGUUUCCAAGUACAGGGGGGCACAUGGUACACUCGCUCCGACUUGGGAUAAGACAAGUAUGCCAUGGGCGGAUGCCUAUAAGAAUUUGGGUGCUACAAGCGGUUUGCUUGCCACCUUUUUGGCGAAAAAGGGAGCCAUGUCCGAAGGUGAUAUUCUGAUGGACAGAAGUCCCAAUCUCGAAGGAGCAAUCAUUCACAACCACAUCUUCCAAAUGCUUGUCAAAUUCAUUACAAAACUUAACGAUGAAGAACCAAACCCAUUUCCCUCUCCAUACCUUCCAGUAGCUCCCCCGAGUGCCCCAAGUACUCAUCGUACCGGUGCACCUCCCGUCGUUCAACCCACGGCAGGGCCUUCUCUAUGUCGUUCAUUGUGGCUCAGCACAAGCUGGUGGACUUGA